CAGGCUCACCAGAUGGAGUUUGUUUGUAAAAAUCAGCCUCAAUCAGUGAGAUCAGAUAUUACAUGCUUGUAAUUCAGUUUGCUUUUUGGAACUGUCUCUCGAAGCCUUCAGUGGGGCGGCCAUUAGGCAUUUGCUCCUUCAAGUUGGAGCUUGAUUUAUUUUGCUGGAACCCUUUUGGAGAUGGCAGAGUAACAAAAACAAGAACAGUUUUUAAACUAAAAUCUACAUCCAGCGUGAUGGAUUGCUUUCACCAGCGUUCACUGCUAGGGUGCUGCCAUGUUUGACUCACACGCCGCUAUUUGUAAGCGCGGAUUAAUUUUAAACAUCCCACGUAAAGCGCAGGGUGGUCUGCAGUUCCGUGUGGCAUGAAGAGCCUCGCAGUGUGAAGUGUGUUUCUUUGGAAACAAAUUUAGCUUGAAGGACUUUCUGCAAAUGCCUGGUCUCACUUACGGCUGCAGCAAGAAAAAAUGCUGCAAAGGAUAUAAAUUUGUUCUUGGACAGUGUAUUCCAGAAGAUUAUGACAUCUGUGCCCAAGCUCCCUGUGAACAGCAAUGCACGGAUAACUUCGGCCGGGUGCUGUGCACUUGUUACCCAGGAUACCGAUAUGACCGAGAGAGGCACCAAAAGCGGGAGAGGCCGUACUGCCUGGAUAUUGACGAAUGUGCCAGCAGCAACACUACUCUCUGUGCACACAUCUGUAUCAACACCGUGGGCAGCUACCACUGUGGGUGCCGGGAAGGCUACGUCCUUGAGGACGAUGGGAAGACCUGCACCAGGGGAGACAAGUACCCCAACGACACUGGGCCCGAGGAGAAGGCCGAGAAUGAGGUGAGAGCCGGGACUUGCUGUGCAUCGUGCAAGGAGUUCUCGCAGAUGAAGCAGACGGUACUGCAGCUGAAACAGAAGAUUGCUCAGCUUCCCAACAGUGCUGCUGAACUGGGCAAGUACGUCAAUGGUGACAAGGUGCUGGCCUCAAACACUUACCUUCCAGGACCUCCUGGCCUGCCUGGGGGGCAGGGCCCUCCUGGCUCACCAGGACCCAAGGGGAGUCCUGGAUUCCCUGGUAUGCCAGGCCCUCCUGGACAGCCUGGCCCACGGGGCUCAAUGGGACCUAUGGGACCGUCCCCUGACCUGUCUCACAUUAAGCAAGGCCGGAGGGGCCCUGUGAUGCUUGUGUCUUCUAGGGCCCACCAGGAGCACCAGGAAGACAUGGCUCCAAGGGGGAGAGAGGAGCACCUGGGCCCCCAGGGUCUCCGGGACCCCCAGGUUCUUUCGACUUCCUGCUGCUUGUGCUGGCUGACAUCCGAAAUGACAUCGCCGAGCUGCAGGAGAAGGUGUUCGGGCACCGGACUCACUCUUCAACAGAGGACUUCCCCCUACCUCAGGAAUUUUCCAGCUACCCAGAGACUCUGGACUUUGGAUCUGGGGAUGACUACUCCAGAGGAAGUGAAGCAAGAGACUCUGAGGCCCCCAGGAACUUCUAUCCAUAGCACAUCCCACGUCUUCAUGUCACCAGAAGAGAAGCAUAGCUUCACCCAGUCAUUGCAUCUGAAGAAAAAUACCACUGGAGGCCUAAAGCCUUUCUCUGUACUGUCUUCCUGCCCUCUCUUUACUCUGCUUCCAAAUCCUAUUUUCCGGGUACCCUGCACUUCACACUAGCAACAGGAGGAUGUGAUGGAUAACAUGCUCUUCUUGAAGAGCCGCUGGGUGGUUUUCAUCAGGACCAUCCUUGACAUCCUAGUUCUUCAGGAGCUUUUGAAUUUCUAAGUUAAUUGUUCCCACAGAAUCUUAAAUUUUGACACAGUGCCAAAAGGGGAGGGGAAUGGCAAAGUGGGCUCUUAGAAGUGUAAGGUUCGUUCUAAAAAGAAAAUUGUGUUCAAAAUACUUGACUGUUCACCCUUUGCAGUCGGGAGUAUGGCUCUUCAGUUAAAGAGGGUUGAAGCAGCACAAUGUAGAUUGAUGUUGAUUUUUUUAAAAAAAAAAAAAAAGACUUUUCCUUCGCAACAUCACAGAUUUCAAAUUCUGCAUCCUAUUUUCCAGGCUUCUUAUUUUAUAUUUGGUUACAGAAACAAAAGAAUAAAAAAGAAGUACAAAAUGCCCUGGCACUGACCAGGUGGCCAGAGGUGCCACCAGGCCCUGAUCCUGGCUGAAUCAAGGGUGGAGGGCAGUUGUUGGCAAAGGGUCACGGGGAGGCAUUGAGAAGGGCUUCACUAAAGCUCGAUCACCAGAGGCAGGUUAAUCUGCUCUUAAGACACUUGGAGUUCUUAUCCCCAGCCAGUCAAGCUAACCAGUGCUCUGGGGAUAAUGCACAGCUGAGAGAUCUCUGAGACAGAGAAGGGGAAGAGAUUUUUUUCUAAGUUGACCUAAUUUUCCAUUAUUUUCCCCUGAUUUAGUUAAAAAUCCCUGUUCUAGGUCUCCUUGACUUCUUUUCCUGGGCCAGAUGGAGAUGACUUGGAGGGAGGCACAUUCUCCAGUGUCUCCCUGAGUCCUUUCUUAGAGCAAUUCUAGAUCCCUAGGGACUCGGGUUCCCAGAAAGGAACAAGAGGCCAGGUUCCUUCUUGUGUCUUCGAGUUCUAUUGAGCUUCCCAAGGGAUCUUGCUCACAUGGUCGCCUACACCAGGGUCCCUUGUCUGCUACCCUGCAGAAUCCCCUCAUAGUUCUAAGAAGUUUCCAUUUAGCUUUUUCCCAUAUCCUUAUAGCCUCCAUCACCUCCCACCCCUACUAUGACGGCUUGUUGGAAGAAAACUGCUAUUGCGUCUGCAUGGCAUGGCACUGUCCAUCCUUCUUCCCGAGAAAUGAGAAGGGGCUCUGUCUACAGAGCUCGGGUGGCCCAGCGGUCUUUUGAUUCCUCUCUCAUCCCUCUUGUGGCCCCCUUCCUUUCCCUCUCUUUUCUCUCUUCCUCUCCCUUUCCUUUGCCCCUUCUUCCUUCCUUCUAUCUCUUUCCUCCUUCCCUCCCUUCCUCUCCCUCUACUAGUCCCUUUACUUCUCUUAUUUUCUUCCCUCCCUCCAUCCCUGCUUGCCCACUGGCCUCCUAACCUGUUAGAAAGGCAGGAUUCCCACACACUCAUGCCGAAUCCCCGGUGGCUGUCCACCAGCAGUUCGUGGUAACGGCAAACACACACUUGCCUGCUUGCUCCCGGUCUCUUCCUCUUCCCCACUCAGCCUCUCCAGAACCUGAGCAUCACCACAGAUGGCCUUGCCAGCCAUGGGUUCCUGAAGAGAUGGAUGCAACCACAGUCAAGUCCCACCUGGAACCUAUUUCAUGCUUGCCUGCUUAUAGAACCCAGAGUUUCAAGGGUGUGGAUAGAUGAAUUCUCAAAACUAUGCACAGGCUCUGUGCGCAGUGAUAUGUCCAUCUUUUUUAUGAGGAAUUUUAUAACCUCUACUUUUUCUAGACAGUGAAAUGUGUCUAGAAAUAUAAUCUUUAUUGCCAAAUGCUGGUUAAAUACAAGCACACUCCAUGCUUGGCCAGAGGCCAGGAUAAUGUACUAAAAGAAUGAAGUGAAAGUCAUAAUACCCGGGAUUCAUGAGUCUAUUCUAGAUAAUUAUCUCCAGUAAAACAUACAAUAGCCUGUAUUUUGUAACCUCAGUCUGCUGGACCAGGUCAAUUUAGGUAAUCAUUACUCCUCAAAUUUUCAAAACUUGGACUACUAACUAACUAUAAGACCAGAGUAUGUCCCCUAUUUGUCCAAAUUAUAGGUUCUUUUUAGUGAUAAAACAUUAUUGCUCAUGUAUCUUUUAGUUGUGGAUAAAAAAAUCAAAGCUUUACUAUCUAAACAAACUUCUACUCAAAAAUCCCAUGGUUAAACAGAUUUACUGAGUCACUUCUUAUCUCAUGGCAAAAAUGUUUUGGCUUUUUUUUUUAAUAUCUUCCUCAACCCGUUAGUAGAAUUGUUCAAUUUUUCUAAUAUCCCCACAAGUAAGACUUGUGUUUAUAAAGCAAUGGGAAUAAAAACUCACUGAGAAGACAUGCAUUUUAGUUGAGAAAAACUACUCUCCCUUCUCAGUUCCAAAGGGAAAAAUAAUUAGCUUUCCUAUGCCAAAAAAAUAUUAGGAGCCAGAUACAGUGGUAUAUGCCUGUAAUCCCAGAACCUGAGAAGUAGAAAUAGACAGGUCAGGAGUUCAAUGUCAACCUCAGCUACAUAGCAAGUUUGAGGCCAGUCUAGGCUAUAUGAGAGCCUAUCUCAAAACAACAACAAUAAGAAUGAUAAUGAUAAUAAAUAAUAAUGAGUAGGAGACUGAAGAGAUGACUCAGCAGUUAAUGAUGCUUGCUGCUCUUCCAGAAGGCCAGAGUUCAAUUUCCAGCUCAUGCAUCAGGCAGCUCACAAACUCCUAUAACCCCACUUCCAGGUGAUCUGAUGCCCUCUUGUGGCUUCUGUGGCACCUGCACUCACAUGUGCAUAUACACACAUAGAUACACAUACAGAUAAUUAAAAAUAAAGUCUUUUUUUAAAGGAGUGGGUACAAAGAGGAUGCUGCCUUUCCUUGCUUUCUAUGUUACUCUCUAGUACUUGCUACAGAAUUAACUAAAGUCAUAUUGCUGUGUAGAGUCCAUUGCCCAACAGGUAAAUAAUAAGUGCCCAUUGACCUUCAAGGGAAAGAAGGAAUAUUACCCCACCAAAGACCAGGUGCAGAGCACCUAGGUAGGUCCAGAUAAGUCAUGUUCUCUUUCCAAGAUUCUGAACAACCUUGGCCUUGGGAUUGUCACUAUCAGGCAUGUUGGGACCGAUCUUCUUCAUGACCAGGCAUCAUACUUCAUCUUGGGGUCUCAGGAAGCAACCACCUAUCUUAUUUUGAAUAUCAUUUCCCUCCCUUUCCCUUGUCCAGGCUGUCUCAUAGAGACAGCCUCAGCAGGCACCUCCUGCAAGCAAAAUUAUCUGCCAGGCAAUCUUUCUGAAAGGGAAAGUCAUUUGCUGGGACCUGAGCCAAGCAAUAGAAUAGAGCCUUCUAAAGUUAUCGGUCAUGUAUUCAGGGAAAUAGAUGUAUUAUUUCCUGACACAGUAAUCAUAUAUGUUUCACAACAUAUCAAAAAUAAUUUUCUAUUUAGAUGAAAAACAAGAGCUGUAAUUGUUAAAGCUGAAAUAAUAUGCUUUAUAUACUCCUCCUACAAAUGUUACCAUCAGAGAGAAACCAUGGAAAGGAUGUUUGGGCUAUACAUCCCUCAUGGAGCUCAGCAUGUUCUGUCUCAUUCCCAGAGCUUGUUCCCUUGAGGGGUUCAUGAGUCUGUUUCUGUUUCCCAGUGACUGGUCAUAUACUUCAAUAUCUCUGUCCAUUAUUUAUAUCAGGUCAUAUAACAGUCAAACUGGUAUUCCAACAGUCAUGGAUGUAAUACUAUGAAGUGCUUUUGUAUGACUGUAUAUGCUUAAUAACAAAGUUAUUUUUCUUA